AUAUUUGUUCCAUCAGCAAUAACUAUUCAUUUUUCAGCUGAGAAACUUGUCAAAUUUUGCUUAAAAAGAAAGAAUCAACGAUGAGUAAAAUGGAUAUGGUCCAGAGAAUAAUUACUCUUGAGCAACGUAACAAGGGUUUUUAUAUUAUUACCAAGGAAAUUACGUCUCAUCUCCCUGAAAUCAAAGAAUUCUCCGUUGGCUUGCUCAAUUUGUUCAUGCAACAUACUUCCGCCGCUUUAACAGUGAACGAAAAUUGGGAUCCCGAUACUAGAACGGAUCUCUCCGAUUCCAUGGAUAGAAUUGUACCAGAGAGUGCCCCUUACCGCCAUACAGAUGAAGGUUCCGAUGAUAUGCCGGCUCAUGUAAAGUCUAGUUUGUUGGGUCCCAGUUUGACGAUUCCCAUUCGCAAUGGUUCUUUAUUGCUUGGUACGUGGCAGGACAUUGAGCUCGCUGAGUUCCGUAGAGCAUAUCACUCUCGCCAUAUUGUUUGCACCAUUCAAGGUCUUCGCGAAAGCAAGUAAGAAUCUACGGCUUACGUACUCAGAAAAUUGUAUGUUGAGCCUCAUGAAAUGUUUUAGGAAGUUAGGAAAUGAAAAAGCUGUUAGUUUGAACAUGCAAAUUAUUAUUGGAAUUGGAACUAAAAUCGUAAAAAUGAAACUACUGUUCAUAACUAAAAAUGGCACAGAGACAUGAAAAGACAAUAACGCCUUAGUUAAGAUCGGGACCGCGGAUUUCGUUGCCAGGGAACAUAACAUCAUCAAUGGCAUCUUGAACGACAAGUUCAUCUAAGCAGAAUCCAUCACGCAUGGCGAGAACGUACGGGUAAAGCAGCUUUGGUUCUCCACGCUUAACGGAAGUUUUCAUUAUGCUGUCUGAUUGUUCAAUCAUUUGGCAUGAGAGAAGAUCAACCAUGGUUUCUGAGCUUGGCAUCUUGAUAAUGUAUUCUUUGUCUUUGGAUCCAUAAUUGGUGACCAGAGUGAUUACAUCGCCUUUGUACAUAAGCAUAACGUGGUCACCAACCAUCAUUAUCUUGGACUUCGAGCGGAUGAAUUCUUCACCUCCGGGUGCGUUGAUAAGAGCUGUUCUAAUACUGUUCACUUUGGAUGUGAAUUGGUAAAGAACGCCAUCGGUGUUGUAACCCUUGUCCCACAUAGCCGGACGAUUGAAUGGAUCAUGGCUGCCAUCGAACAUUUGUUCUUGACCGUAAAAUACAAUUGGGAUGCCAUCGCCCAUGAGGUUAAACAGCAUCGCGUUUUUCAGAACAUUGACGUCCUUAUUUAGCGCAGCCAUUCUAGGUGCAUCUUGAGAUUCCAAGAAAAGUCCCAAUACGGUACUGUCCUUGCAAAGUUUUCCAACGCGAUCCAUAGCGUAUGCAGUUUUUCUCAAACCGCGGUCAUUGAUUGGAACGACUGCUUGAGCAGCAACACCUUGGACGGGGAAAUUGUGUAAUCCAUCCAUGUAGUCUUGCCAUUCACAGAACUGAGCCGGGUCACCAGUCCAAAGCUCACCUUGGCAAUAAACGCCAGCUGCUUCACAGAAGCCUGGCCAAAAUGUUCUUCUUACGUGCUUUGUCGCGUCAAUACGGAGACCAUCAAACUCGUAUUUUUUGACUAGAUCACUGAUAAAGUUAUGUAAGAUUUCAAUGACUUCUGGACUCUCGGUAUCAAUAUCUGGAAGUGUCAUAUGUUCUGUUCCGAUCCAACACUGUUCUAUUGAAAGUGGGUCAUCCUGGUCAAUAGGACACAUUGGGUGAAAGUAGCCUUCGUUGUUAAAUGGACGAUACGAAGCAAAAUCAAUGGAUUUUGGAUCUAGUGAGCCCAUAUGAUUAACAACAGUAUCCACCAUAAUGUACAUUCCACGUUUGUGAAGCUCACUAACGAGUUCACGCAAAUCGUCUUCCGUGCCAAAAUGGGGAUUCAACUCAAAAAAGUCUUGGGGCCAGUAGCCGUGAUACGCUUCUCCGUAUUUGGUAACACCUUCAAUGUUUUUAACGAUGGGUGAUAUCCAAAUGGCGGUAAAGCCCAAACCCUGAAUGUAAUCAAGAUGCUCGAUAAUUCCUCUCCAAUUUCCACCGCAAUAGGCACGAUCCUCUGGAUUGCAUGGAGCAGGAUUUGAUGCAGCGAAUCGAUCCGUAAUUAUCGAAUAGAUAGACUGGCGUCUCCAUUCAUCUUUGCCUAGUGCCAGUACCGGGGACACACAUUCAAGUACGGACACCAGCUGGAUGAUUGCUGAUAGAAUGUUUCUUGGUUUCAUCCUUGGUGAUUUGUUGUCCAAGGAAAUUAAGAGGGAACCUCAAGCUUUUAAAGUCAUUGAGGUUUGUUUAUUUGUUUACAUAAAAGCAAGUGUAAACACACGUCAUGCAAUGUCACAUAGUUUCACUCAAUCAAAAUACAUAAAGUGUGUAUACACUUCUACUGUUUAUGAGAAUGCUAUAUUGUCAUGGCGUCCUAAAAUACAGUUAUGCAAUAAAAUGCAUGAAAAUCCUAGGGACUGACUUUAUUCAAGUCAAUUAUCUAUUUAUUUAAAAUGUAAUUAUACGAGAUAUAGGGCAGUAUUUAAUUGAUGAAUCGCUUGUUAAUUAUCAAGUGCCGUCUCCAAUCCUUUAUAAUGUUAUAGUUAAUGAUUUAGUUGCAGCAAUAUUUCAUAUACGAAGUUAACGAAUCAAGUACUUUUGGUAUGUAAUAUCUUGCUUUAC